AUCACAGGCUCCAGAAGCAUUCAGCACCACUGUGUAAUUCUUCCCUUCACAUAGUAGCAAGUGACGCUCUGGUGGAGUGUCUGUUUAAAGGGAAAAGUCACGUUUGACAUAUUUAUGCCCAGAUCCCAGUUCCAGCUAACAGCUUAGCUGGAGCAGGGGUGAGGAAGAGGCAUCAAAAGAACUAAGAACUUAUUUUUGUUUUAAACAAAGGAGGCUUUUUGUUUCUUUAAAGCAACUGAAAAAGCUGAUCCAGAAAGCGAAAGCUUCUCAGUGCUAGCUGCACAGUGCACAGUUAAUAGAUCAAAGAAGUCAACUAAUGCUACACAAAACCAGCAUUCCAGCAGUGAGGAGUCCCCUGAGGGAGGGAAUUGCAACUGGGAAUUCAACUAGAUGUCAAAGAGGAAGCUGCUUCUUUUGGUGGACGUGGAUCUUAUUUAACACUGGAUUUGUGUGCAUCGCUCUUCAGAUAAUCAUCUGGAAAUCUGUUGUGCCUUCCCUUCAAAACAAGCAAGUGCUGCUAUACAAAGUAUUUCUUCUCUGUUUGGCUUACAGUAUAGGGUUUUGUUAAAGAGGAGAGUCUUUUUUUCUAGGAACGGGAGGCUGCCACAUUCCACUCCCAGGAAAAUUAAGAAGAUCCUGCCACCUCAUCCUAGAUAACCAGUUCAGUUCACACAGAAGACCCAGUCCUUUUGGCAUAAGCCCUGGUUUUGUCUGAGAGAACAAGUGCCCAAACAAGAGGUUUAUAUAUGAAUAUAUAUACACAUUUUUUUUCUGAUUACUAUUUGAGGAUUAAUGAUGUAAAUGUGAUCCAGGGAGACUGAAAGAAGCAAACUCACUGAGCCAUGGGAAGACAAUUGAAGCAAGAACAUGUAUAGUGAAUUGUUAAAUUCAACCAGUGCCACUGAAGCUCACCUAAUCAUUCAGACCAACACACCCUACCUGAACACCACACAGAGACCAGUAAGCUCCUCCGCGUUUUAUAUGUCAACAGCCAGGGUGUUAAAAGAAGGGGAAAUAAAUAAGCCAGAUCUGGUGACUUACGUUGUUCUGUUUUUCUUCCUGCUUUUGACUGUGAUAAUAAUUGUGCUCUUUAUUAACUGUCAGUUGAAAAAUUCUUUUUUUGCUACUCUACCUUAUGACAGAUCACUCAGAGAAACAAGGAGUACAUGGAGGACACAAGCUGUCUAAAGUCAGAAAGAGGAAGCCUUGUUUAAUACAGUUUUGCUUUGAUAUAUAGCAGUAGCAUGAGCCAGAAAACUUGUGCAAUACAAUGUUAUUUCCUUAUGCUGUUAGGUGGAUCCAAUCCCCUUUUAAAUAAUAUUUGGAGUCUCAGUAUUAAGAGAAA